AUGUUGCCAAAAUUAAAAAUCUCUUCAUUGCUGUUGAAGCGUUUGGAACAAGUGAAACAACAAUGCAGUGGCUGUCUAUUUGGUGUCUUCUAUGGUGAGGGUACCCUCCUGCUGCUUGGUUUCAAUGUUGAAUCCACCAUUGGCCAACUGAACUAUGAACAAAUCCAACAUAAAUUCCCUGCUGAAAUUGAUCUAUGCGGUCUGGUCAAAUUUGGUGACUGUUCUGAUGCCGAGGCCCAUCUGAGCGAAAUUUUCAAAGAUGUUGACAUCACCGAUAAUCCCAUAUUGUUGCAUUGUGAAUUGGGUACAUUGGUGGGACUGAAGGCCUCCUUUUUAAUGCAUGGCAAAUUGGAAGAGGUACCCUAUGAGGUAAUGGACGAGGAGCAAUUGUAUAGAGAUUUCUGUUUUACCCGGCUGAAAUUUUCAUGGACCAUUUAUGCCGAGGAUACAGCAUUGGCUGUGCGAAGGGAAAUGCAUGCGCUAAGGAAAACCAUAUCAGGUGGAAGUUUGGCUUUCAAAGUGGAACCGACAAAGGUCUUUCUCACUAAUGGUGGGGCUCAAGGUGUGGCCUAUUCGGGUUAUAAAUCGGCAACGGGUGCAAUUACGAAUGAAUCGAUUAUAAAAGAUAUCAUCGCCGCAGUGCAGGCUGCUGUGCAUUUUAAUCAGGAGGAUAAAGAGAAUGCGGUGGUGGAGAGGAAAAGUAAAAAAUCCAGUGCGGCGGAUAUUAAGCUAUCGCAAAUUUAUGGAGCUGUGGGCUGUGACUUUGAUGUACUCAGUAUUGAGGCACUGCGUUCAAAGACUCGGGAAUUUAAUGAUGCUGAAAAUAUUACAAAUACUACCCCAUCACUGCCAGCCAUGAGUAUGUGCCUAAAGCCGGCUGAGAAAAAAUUCGCCAUACCCUUGGAAUUGGAAUCCAUGGCAAUUUUGAAUAAAUCCACAAAGGUCUCCAGACUGUAUGAUAUCCUCAUUGAAAGUAUAUGCAGGUCGCUGCGUUUGUGUGAACAAAGUAUCAGCGAAAAUCUGGAGGAGAAUGGUGAACGAAAGCUAUUGAAAGUCCCCAAAACCUACAAUUUCUUCCCUAUGGAAUUUGGCCACUUCAUCGCAUGCUGUUACCUGGAUGGUAUGUCCGAUGAUGAGGCCAGUAUGCAAAAUAAACGUAAACGUUUACAUCGUCAUUUUGGUUUGAGUGUGGCACGACCCUAUUUCCGUCGUUCCAAUGUCUGUAUAUUCCGUAAUGAAAUAGCCGGUGAUGAGCCAUUGCUGAAUACCCAUUUGGGUUUGAAGGCUAGCGGUGUACCGGAGGGUAAACAAUAUUUGGUGCAGGGUAAUUAUCGUUAUUAUCACUAUCUGCAACAACAGAUGCAGGACAAGGGUUGGGGUUGUGCCUAUCGUUCGUUGCAAUCGAUAUGUUCAUGGUUCCUACUGCAGGGCUAUACGGAACGUGCUGUGCCCACACAUUUGGAAAUACAACAAUAUUUGGUAAAAAUCGGUGAUAAGCCACAGAAUUUCAAGGGUUCUUCGCAGUGGAUUGGUUCCACCGAGGUCAGCAUGUGUCUACAGGGUUUUCUCAAUGUCGACUCGAAAAUUCUACACGUUAGCUCGGGCGGUGAAUUAUCAACAUUGGCCUCCGAUUUGGCAAUGCAUUUCCAGACCCAGGGAACACCCAUUAUGAUUGGUGGUGGUGUGCUGGCCCACACCAUUAUUGGCAUUGAUUACAAUGUCCAAACUGGGCAAAUUAAAUUCCUUAUUUUGGAUCCUCACUACACAGGCGAAGAUGAUUUACAAACCAUACAAUCGAAAGGUUGGUGUGGCUGGAAGGGCAUGGAUUUCUGGGACAAGAAAAGUUAUUACAAUCUAUGUAUGCCACAGAGGCCAAUUAUGUUUUAA